UAACAAAAGUUAAUUUUUGAGUCUUUGGGGCUUCCUGCAGGUAACUGAGGGCACUGGCCUCAUUUCCAUGGUAACAGCCUGAAUGUCAUGACUGAGUAAGAAGAGGACAUUUCCAGAAUGAUCUCAGUGUGUAUGUGAUACUGUAGGAUGAGCUAUUUUAGACUCUCAGUGUGUGUUAUGUGAGCCGCAGCUGGUUCAGCACAUGUUUGGAGGUAUUUUUGAACUCUGUGAUGUCAGAGGUGGGCGUGAUUUGGUACCCGCUGACCCUCCUCUCUCCCCUGGUCAGGACAGAGCGAGAUGUGUCCUCCUGGUCCUCGGAGUGCCUCCAUCGGUUGCUGCUCGGUGUGCAGGUGGAGGGACCUGAGGGUGUCUGCCAUCUGACCGAAGUCACUAAGCUGGAGGGAGAAGCUUCCAUCAAUAACCGCAAAGGGAAGCUUUUCUACUUCUACGAGUGGCAGCUGAGACUCAGCUGGCUGGGGAUGUCCUGCAGGGGAGUGAAGUUCAGAGGAACUAUUGAUGUGUCCAACCUGUCUGACGAAAAUGACGAGGACGACCUGGAUAUCUGCGUGGCUCUCUGUAAAGACCAGCCCAACACACCUCUCCUGGACCUCAUGAAGACCUCCGGCAUCCAGGAGUAUCGCAGGGUUCUGGGCAAGUAUGUCCGGCGGCUCAAAUCAGAGUUUGGUCAGGGAAUGAUUCUUCCCACCACCAACGCACUGAAGCAGCAUUCAUCUGUGUCGACCAAGAAGAAUGGGGUUAAGACCAAUAAAACCCAAAUUAGCCCCGCCCCCAAGUGGUCCUCCAGUACCGCCCCCUGUCCCACAGGUGAUCGUAACCAAACCUGCAGUUUCGAUCUGAAAGAAACAUUCCAGACCAACGCUCAUGAACUCUACAGGACAUUCAUCAGCCAAGAGUUCAUGCAGGUAUUCACACGCUCAUCAGCGUUGGUGGACAGUUGCUGUGGGGGGAAAUUCCAGUUGCUGGACGGGAGCAUCAGUGGACAGUUCACACAGCUGGUGCCAGACAAGAGGAUUGACAUGAAGUGGCGGUUCAGGACAUGGCCCAGCAACCACCAUGCCUCCGUGAGCCUAGAGCUGGAUGAUCGAGGAGACGACACAGAACUGAGGUUGGAGUGCCGAGGAGUCCCUUUAGGAGAAGAGGACUCCACCAGAGAGGGCUGGAUCCGCUUCUACUUCCGGGCCAUCAAGCAGACAUUUGGAUACUGAGAGACUCCAAACCCUGGAACUCAUCUGACAGACCGAGAGGAGGUGGUGGUUAGAAUGAACUGUUAAAGGAACAGUAACACAAUUCCUGUAUCAAGGAGGCACCAUGUGACUCCCAGACUAAAAGGAACAAUGUACCCAAGAGGUUCCAAUCAAAGACUUUAAAAUCUUCUUUUAAGCUUUGACUUGGGAUGUUAAUAAACAACUUCUCUCCACUCUGUGUUUGUCCUGCUGCUGUCAACAUGGUGCAACAUUUUAACGUCAAUCAUGCAUGCAGUACAGUUCCUUCUGUUUUUUCUCUUUAGUUUAACUUUUUCUUACUUAUUUCUUUGUCCUUUACUUUGUACUUAGAGUGUUCGUCUGUUUUAAUAGCUUUCCUUUCAAUCAUGUGAAUUGCGAGAGUUUUGGUUCUGCUUGUGACCGCGCAAGUGUUACUUUUAUUGAGGAAUGGGACCGUGGCACAGCUCCUACACACAGCACGGAUGGUUUACUCCAGAGAUCAGCUGAUCGCCCUGAUGCCAGCCAGCUUUUCAGUCCUCAGACCCACAGAAGUACCAGCUGAAAUCUGGAGGAAAACACACUGAGGAUGCAGAGAUGGAGGACAGAAGAAGAGAAAGAAGGAGACAGCAAGGCUCAAAGAGAGAAGAAGAUGCAAACCGUGUCUGCCACCUAUUAUAAUCAGGAGUGUUCGGUCACUAGCAAACAAGAUGGAUGAUGUAAAAGCGCUAGCACAGAGUCAGAGGGAGUACUGGGAGUGUAGCUUGAUGUGUUUCAUUGAAUCAGGGAAGCACCAGGAUAUUCCCGAUGACAACGCAUCCGUGAAUGGCUUCCACACUGUUUGGGCUGACCGGGACAGUGCAGCGAGUGGGUAACCCUGCUCACAUAACAAUCAAAGAACAGAUUUGUUGUCCGGACAUUGAACUGUGCGCUGUUGGACUCAGGUCGUAUUAUUUGCACAGGGAAUUUACCCUUCUGAACUUGGAGCCUGUUUACAUUCCCUCUGCCAACCCCACAGCUGCGUCUGACACUAUCCGCUCUGCCAUAGCCCAGUUACAGACUUAGCACCUGAGUGCCUUCAUUGCAAUCUUGGGGAACUUCAACCAUGUGGGUGGCUGUAGCUCAGGUGGUAGAGCAGGUCAUCUACUGAUUGGAAGGUUGGUGGUUCGAUUCCCGGCUUCCCCUAGUCUGCAUGCCAAAUAUCCUUGGUUCACCCCGGAGGACUACCGGAGGCAAUUUCGGGCUAGUCAGAUGUCAGCGGGGGAGCAGCCGUUCACUUGGGCUCGACAGCUGGAGGACACGGCGGCGAGCUGGCUGUGUCCGGGGCCAACACUGGCGGAGGACCAACCUGCCGGCAGGACCGCCGCCGGUACUGCGGGCAGGGGGGGGGCCCUCAGAGCGUCAGCUGCUGUUGUCUGCAGCUCAGGGGAGGGGAGGCGAGAUCAGCAGGACGGAGAGAGGCAUGUCGCAUCCCAUUUUGGGCACAGUUCCACAGCUUACUGGGGUAAUAAACUGGGUGAAAUCGCAACCAGUUAAUUUGUGUAAUGUUUGCCCGGCACUUAGCAGUGACACUGGGUCGACUGAUACUGAUUCUGGGGGGGAGGAGGUGGCGGGAACCUCUACAGAGGCCCCACUGCCUCCGGUUAUGCACCUCACAGAAGAUUUUUCCCUAGAGCAGUCUCGGGAUGACACCCUACGCUCAGCCUAUGAUCAGGUGAUAGAUAUUGAUGGUCUGCUGGUGCACCCUGAAGCCUCGCGGACUUACACCCAUUUCCAGUUACGGAACGAUCGGCUUUAUCGAGUGAGUCUUGACACUCGCACGAAUGAGAUCUGCACCCACAACCCAGUUGUUGGUGCCACAAAGCCGCCGGGAAACAUUUUCCAGGCGGCUUAUUCAAACCCCAUGGCAGGGCAUUUAGGAUGCAAGAAAACUCUGGAGCGCAUAAUGGCCUAAUUCUAUUGGCCGGGUAUUUGGGCCGAUGUGCGCCGCUGGUGGUGCCCAGAAUGCCAGCUGGUUAACCACCCAGUCAUUCCAAAGGAAUGCGCCCAUUACCGUUGAUGGAGAUGCCGUUUGAGCGCAUUGGUAUGGAUAUCUUCGGGCCAUUCCACCGGAGUGCACGCGGCUAUCGCUUUGUGUUGGUGCUGGUGGUUUAUGCAACGUGAUACCCGUAAGCAGUACUGCUGCACACCAUUUCAGCAAAGAGUGUGGCCCAGGCAUUGUCUUGCGAGUCGGUAUUCCGAAAGAAAUGCUGACUGACCAGACCACGUCGUUCAUGUCUCGCACUCUGAGGGAGCUAUACAAAUUACUGGACAUUAAAUCUAUUCGGACCAGUGUCUAAUACCCUCAGACUGAUGGAGCGGCUGAAAAAGACUUUAAAGUCCAUGAUUCUUAAGUUUAUUCACGAGGAUGAACGAAAUUGGGAUCAGUGGCUAGACCCCAGGCCUCCAUGGGAUUUUCUCCCUUUGAGUUACUGUAUGGCAGGUAGCCGCAAGGGGUGCUCGACUUGAUUCAAGACAACUGGGAGGAAGGGUCGAGCCCCGCAAAGAAUAAAAUUCAAUACGUGCUGGGCCUGAGAGCAAAGCUGCACAGGUUGGGGUGGUUAUCACGGGAGAAUUUACUCCAGGCCCAGCAACAUCAGCAAAGCUUGUACAACAGAGGGGCUAGGCUCAGGCAAUUUUCACCAGGAGACAAAGUGCUUGUAUUACUACCAUUCUCCAGCUCGCCAAGUGACGAGGGCCCUUUGUGGUCACACAGCGAGUGGGGUCGUUGACUAUGAGGUUGACCAGUCAGACAGGAGAGGAGCGACGCAAAUUUACCACCCCAACCUCCUUAAAGCAUGGAGGGAGGCUGAAACCACUGCUCUGUUGAGCCUGGUUAAGGAGAGAGAUGAGUGUGGGCCGGAGGUGCCAAAUUCCACCAUCCCCGCCUCCCUCCAUUGUGAUGACCACUCACACAGGCCCAGAGAGCAGAUGUUGCUGCACUGCAACAGCGCUUUGCUGAUGUGUUCUCCCCCUGCCCGGUCGAACGUCUCUCAUAGAGCACCAUAUUGAGACACAGCCUGGCAUGACAGUGGGUUCAUGGCCCUACAGGCUCCUGGAGCAGAAAAGACAAAUUGCUGAAUUGCAGAAUUGAACAAUAUGCUGAGGCUAAAAAGUAGCCCCAUAGUUAUAUGAUAUAUAAGAUAUAUGCCCAUAGUUCUUGUGGUGAAGAAAGAUGGGUCUAUACGGUUCUGUGUGGACUACCGCAAGGUGAAUGAGGUGUCACGUUCGAUGUGUACCCAAUGCCCCAGGUCGACGAUCUCCUGGACUGGUUGGGCACUGCUUGUUUUUUCACGAUGCUGGAUUUAAACAAGGGCUACUGGCAGCUUCCCUUGUCUGCAGAGCAAUCUUCCCUCUAAGCUGCACGCGUGUGCAAUCGCACACUGCUGGCACGGUCUCUGCUCACAGAAAAUCU